ACCAUUUGACCACAACGAUCUGGAGAAGUACUCAAGAAAGGCAAGAAAAUGAAAUUUGCCUUUAGUCUGUCUUUUACGAAAAAUAAAAGGGGACUGCAUUCGAAAGCAACCAUUUGAGAUACUUUUAUUGCAUAACCAUAGAUAAUCUUUCGGUUAGAGCAGCAUGCAAGGAUAAGUGGAUUUUAAUGUAAAUUUUACAAAUGCAAUAUGUGGCCCGUGAUCCCUGUCAAGCCGUCCUCGCGGAACAUUUGAGCAAAGUUUCCUAAUUGCCUUUAAUUUAUGAAUCAGUCAGAAAGCAUGAAGCAUAAUGUUCAGUACAUGUUCCAGUGGGAGAACGUUUCGAUCUGUCUCGACGAACUUGGAGGACUUUGAUUCUAUACGGAGUGUGCUCCUUUACAGUGAUGUGGAGCCUGAGUGGCUGGAUGAUGUCCAGAAGAAUGGUGAACUGUUCUAUCUGGAGCUAAGUGAGGGAGAGGAGGAAGCUGUUCUGGCCCAGGUCACCGCCAGUCAGUCUGCCGCCACCAAUCACGUCCGUUUCAGUGAAAAAGAGGCAGAAAUCAUCACUGACGAAGGCAGGAGACGCACAAACUCCAGUGCAAAAUCAGAACCAAAACUCAAAAAGCUUGCUAAGAUCCUGGGAAGGAAGCGGCAACCAUCACAAAGAAGAGGGGCCGGUGGAAAAGGCAGCAGCCCUGCUGCUCAGCAGCCGCCCUCCAUCUUGAAGAACCAGACAGGGCAGAGGGCAUGUCUGAUGGUACAACAGUCAUAUCAAAAGGACGUGUGUGUCUACCUGAACCCUAAACGCCUGGCCAAUGUGUGCCUUCCUCCGCAAGAGAAAGGGGGCUUGUUGGAGGCUUUACUGGGAGUGGUCCACCGGGGCGGGGAUGAGAGAGGCUGUGUGGGGGAGAGACUUGUAAUCCAUGGUCUGGUACCCCACAGCCCAGCUAGCAAAUGUGCACAGAUCCUGAUUGGGGAUGUUCUUGUUGCUGUUGAUGACGUAGAUGUUACUUCAGAGAAUAUUGAGCGAGUUCUCUCAUGUAUUCCUGGACCAACACAGGUGCGGCUGACCCUGGAGACUGCCAGUGCAGACGUGGGCACCAUGGACCUCGCAAUGCCCAGACCAAGGCCCUCCCCUGCAGUCAGCCAGCUGGUCCGUCUCCUCUGGGGGGAAGAUACUGUGGAGCUCCAGAUGUCUGUAGCGCACAUACCUCAUAUUGUCAUGUACCUGUCACUCAAACUGGACUCAGAGUCACCUCAGGAGGAGGAGAUCCUGUACCAGUACCCACUGUCUGAGGCAGCAACACAGUUGAAGUCGGUGAGGGGCAUCUUCCUCACGUUAUGUGACAUGCUGGAGUGUGUCACCGGAGGACAGAUAGUCAGCUCCUCUCUGCUGCUACAGAAGCAGCUGGUCCACGUGGGCUACUGGAAGGAGGGAUCCAACCUGCUGGUGAUCGGCCUCCCCGCUGACAGGGUGCCACUACUGCAUCUGCAGACCAUUACUGAGGGCGUUGUGCAUACUCUCAAAGUCAUGUACGGCUCUCUGGACAGUUCCUUUUGUGAAGUGGAGCAUGCUUCUAGGCUGGAUCAUUUCUUCUGCCUGUUCUUCCAGCGGUUCAUGCAGCUCUCUUGUUUGAGUGAUGGCUCUGGCCCCUCCCCCCAAGACAUUUCCAGAACCCUCUUCCUGGAAGGUUUACCAGCCGUACGCUGGCUCACUUUACCGCCGGAUAUCAAGGUCGAGGUGGACACUGUUCUGUCAGACUUUGAGUCAUCAGAUUUUGGUGAGAUGUCAGAAGACUUUUAUGGCACGAGGCGUCUGUAUGUCACGUUGGGUUCCUGUCUCUUCUACCAGGGCUACCUGAUCGCAAACCACCUCCCUAAGCAGGACUUGCGGGACGUGUGUCUGUACUGCCAGCACUACUGCCUGCUGAGCCUGCCUACUGAGCAGCGUGUGGGCCAGCUGGUGGUAUGGAGGGAGGUUUUCCCCCAGCGCUGUGCCACGCCCCACCCCGGCUACCACGAACCCCAUGGCCGAUUCUUCCUCCUUAUUGUAGGCCUGAGGCACUUUAUGCAGUGUGUAUUACUGGAGGCGGGCGGCUGUGCGUCGCCUGCCAUUGGCUCCCCUGGUCCUGACUGCAUCUAUGUAGACCAGGUCAAAGCCACUCUCCUUCAGCUAGAGAGCCUCGACUCUGCCAUUGAAGACCGCCUCUCCGCCCCGCCCAUGCCUUCCCUGUCCUGUGCUGACUGGUUUCUUCCUUCCGGCGGGCGGGACCGGCCGGAAGGGAUUGGCAGCUCACCUCUCCUCAACAGGCUGACGGCAGCCAUCAAACCUCCUUCGCCUGGUGCCAUUGGCCGAAGCCUGUUUGGAGAGAUGGGACCAGGCUCCGGUUCUGCAGGGCUGAAAGGCAGGAAGCCGAGCCCACAGAGGAGCCUGUCAGACAGUGGGAGCGAAGGACGUGGGGACUUAGGUGGGGCCUUCACACCGGGACUCAGUCCUCACACAACACCUGACGCUACACGGAGGAUGCCCCCUGUUGGCUCACGCAGGGAUUCGCUGGGCUCUGGGGGUUCAGAUGGCAGUGGCAGCAGUGGAGGACUGUUUAAGCUCCCCAGAGCAAGGCAGCCAAACCCGUUCUACCUGGGCUCUCUGAAGAAGAGCCUGUCGGAGAGGGAGGUCGAGGAGAUGCAGAACACACUGAAGCUCACGGCAGGUGCGGAAAACACACUCUUCCACUAUGUUAUGAUGGAGUCGGUGCAGGGCAUCUUCAUCGCACCCACACACCGCGAGAUCUCCCAGCUCAGCGGCUCUAUCCACCCGCAGCUCAUCCGCAACUUUCAUCACUGCUGUCUGUCCAUACGGCACGCCUUCCAGCAGAGCCUCUCGUCACGGGAGAGGCGAGGAGGUGAUAAACCACAGGCUUCUCGCGGGCUUGGACCUGUUAGAGAACAUGGUGUUCUGUUCCAGUGCAAACCAGAGAACUGGACCGACCACAAGAAACCUGCUCCCACCAUGACAUAUUGGGUUAUUGGGCGGAUGCUUCUGGAACCUGUCCCUCAGGAGUUCUACGUGUGUUUCCAUGAUUCCGUGGCAGAGGUUCCUGUGGAGAUGGCAUUCAGGCUGUCAUUUGGCUUAGCAAUGUGAUAUGUCGUCAGGAUUCCUGGGGCACACUAUAUAUAAUUUAAUACAGCACCUGUGACAGGGAAGCACAAGUCUGAUGCACACAGCUUGGUGAAAGGUUUUACAUAACCAAUAUCACCCCUAAUGUGGAAAACUCAUUGGACGCUGUAUAAACCUUAAAGGCCUAGUCAAUUAUUGUAAUAGAGAGGAAAGAAUGAAUGAAUUCAGCCCUGCUACUUCAUAAAAUCUGUUCAUGGGAUCAGAACAGAUGCGUCAUCCAGUCACUGAAUGUUUAACUGACAAACGCGUUCACUAAAGCUAGUGCCUUGUAGGCCUUUGGACUGCCUGCAAGGAGAUGUUGGAAGUCAGUUAUGUGUGUCGGAUGUAGUGAAAAAUUUCAAGUUAUACCUCAGUUCAUGAUGUGUACAAAGAGCAGAAUCCAGCUAACAGGGCAGUAAUGCAAGCUCCUGUAUUUCUACUAUAGAAAACUUAUGCAAGGAUUCAGUUACUCAGUUAGAAACAUGUUAUUUUAUAGACAUCAUAUUUAUAGUCUAGGAAGGAUUAUGUUCACCCCCUCUCCCCGUUGUCAUGCUGGACCAAAUGGAAUGAAUGAACGUUAAGGCAUGCCAUGAUAAUCCAUGCUGUUGGCAUAACAACCACCUUAUAGUCAUGUCCAGCUUUAUUAAUAUUUUAUGAUAUGGAGGAAGAUGUUUAUUUAUGAUGUAGCAAUUUUCUAUAAAAUAUCAAAAUAGGAUUGUCAUGUUCACAUAUCAAAUAAAUGCAAAAGAUUUGCUGUCA